AAAAAAAGGAUUGCGCUUGCUCUUUGCUCAUUUUGUUUCUCCAUUUGGUCCAAGCAUUCCAUCUCCCACCAACAAACUAACGUUAAGACCUCUUCACUAUUGACAUGUCCAAGUCCAAGAACCCCGACAGGCCAUAUCACAUUAUAGUGUGGGGCGCUACUGGUUUCACAGGAUCGCUUGUCGCAGAGUAUCUCGCUCAGCAUGCACCAAAGAACGUCAAAUUUGCGAUUGCCGGUCGUAGCCAAAAAAAGCUAGAAGAUGUCAGGAACAAAGUUGCCAAACUAGCACCAGAGAGGAAGAACAUUCCUCUUAUUAUCGCCGACUCUGGCGACGAAGCAUCUCUUGACAAAUUGGUUUCUCAAACUCGCGUCAUUAUUUCCACUGUCGGACCGUUCCUCAAGUACGGAAUUCCACUAGUCGGUGCCUGUGUGCGCAACCAAACCGACUAUGUCGACAUUACCGGAGAACCGCCAUUCAUCCGCGAAAUCAUUGAUAAAUACCACGAUGAAGCUGUCAAGAAUGGCACCUUUAUCGUGCCCAGCUGUGGUUUCGACUCCCUACCUUCGGAUUUGGGAACGCUCCUCGUUGCCGACCACUUUGCCAAACAAGGGAAGAAGACCGCCAGCGUGCGGAUGAGUGUUGAUGCUUUGAAGGGCGGUCCAUCUGGGGGAACGGUUGCUUCUCUCAUGGGGGUUCUGACCGAAACCUCGUAUAAGGAACAAUGGAAAAUGUUGGAUCCUUAUUACUUGAACCCCAGAGAUGCACCCAAAGGACCUGACAGUUCCAUCCCAUCCUUUUUCGGUUACGACCGUGAUCUCAAAAAGUGGCAGACUUAUUUCGUCAUGGAAGCCAUCAACACCCGUAACGUUCGUCGCUCUAAUGCUCUUCUGGGUCUUGCCUACGGACCUGAUCUCAGGUACACCGAGACACAUGGGCAACCCGGUUUCUUGUCAGCAUCGGCAAUCAGCGUUGGGUCUGCCGUUGCCGGAACAAUGAUGGUCGUUCCUCCUUUCCAAUGGGCUGCCAAGUGGGCUGCCAACAAGUUUAUUCCAGCGGGAACUGGUCCGACUCGCAAGGAAAUUGAGGAAGGGUUCUUCCGAGUUAAGCUUGUUGGAGAGGCUGUCAAAGAGGCCAAUGAAGAGAAGCCUCUAAAGGCCAUUGCCACGGUUACUGGAGUCCAAGACCCUGGAUAUGGCGAAACCUCUAAAAUGCUCUCCGAAUCAGCCCUCUGCUUGGCUCUCGACCGUGACCGUCUUAGCACAAAAGAAGCAGGGUCCUUUGCUGGCAAGGUCAACGGCGGUGUGGUGACAGCUGCUAGCUCCAUGGGAAUGGUGCUUGUUGAGAGGUUGAGGAAGGCGGGAAUGGGCUUUGAAGUCCAGAAUGUUUAGUUUGUAACUUACACAUUAUUGUCAUGUCAUGCAUAUUCUAUGAUUAAUAUAUUACAGGU